AAAUUUCACAUCACCAAUAUCGAUAACUCCAGGGAAAACAGCUGUUUUUAAAACGUACUAAAAAUGCCUGAACGCGCUUAACUAGAAUAAACAUCCGCAUGGGAGAAUAUAUACAAUACUUUUUAAAUUCCAAGCUAAUAAAUAGUAAGGAAGAAAUGCCAGCUGAGCUAAGUGAGUUGCUUUGUCGCGCUUGUCUUAAGCAAGACGAACUUUUGGUGGACAUCUAUGAACAUGUGGAGGAACAACAGACUGACUUAUGCACAUUGCUCGAGCGCUGUGGCGACAUUAAGGUCGAUAAGUGGGAUGCAUAUCCGAAGUAUUUGUGCCAGGAGUGUACAAAGGAACUGCUCAUCUCUGCCAAGUUUCGGGACAAAUGUGCAGCAACGGAAGAAGAGCUACGCAAGCGAACUGUUGAGCGGCUUGAGGGCGAAGAAGCACCAAUUGGUGGUAAUUUUCUGGGUGACGCAGAGCUUGUGGUUGACGAUGAUGCAGAGCGGGCAAUAAGUGCAGAUGAUAUAAUUGAAUUCGAUCCCAGUGAAAAUGUUGAACUCUACGAAGAAUGCGAGACGGAGGAGCGACAUGAAAGAACGCCGUCUGUGGAUAUAAAUGAGACAGAACAGCGAAAUGAAAGUCUACCUGUUGCCAAUUUCAGCUGCGAUGACUGUGGCGCCACCUUUCAGCAGGCUGCCACGUUGCAGCGGCAUCUUGGCAAGGUGCAUCCUGCUGCAGAGAUAUACAGCUGCAGUCAAUGUGCCCAUGGCUUUACACAGCAUAUCAAUUUUGAGAGGCACAACUGCUUUGUAUCCGAGGCACCUUCCUCAGAUAUGCGUUCGCGUCAUCGUUGCACGCACUGUGGCAAGUGCAUGCAGUCUGCAUCUAGCCUAAUCAUGCAUUUGCGCCUUCACAAUGGUGAGCGACCCUUUGCCUGCGACGCUUGCCCAAAGACUUUUAAGACAAACGGCGGACUUGUGACACACCAAAAGCGACAUCUAAAGCUGGUGGAAUAUGAGUGCGAGUACUGUGGGAAAGGCUUCGUGGAGUCCAGUAAUCUGCGUCGACACAUUACCUCAUUGCACACGUCGGAACGGCCACACACCUGCACCGUGUGCCACCGUACUUUUGCCCGCGUCUAUUUGCUUGAGCUGCACAAGCGCACUCACACGGGCGAGCGUCCAUAUGCCUGUUCACUCUGUGAUCGCAGCUUUGCCCAGUUAAGUGUGUUGCGCACUCAUGAGCGCAUCCAUACGGGCGAGCGACGGCAUAGCUGUAGUAUCUGCCUGAAGACCUUCAGUCGUCUCAUUCAGCUGAAGAAGCAUCAACUCAAAUCCUGCCUGCCUGUGGCUACAAUAGCCUCUGAAGACUUGGCGUCCUAGUUUGUACUAGACUGAUAAGCUGAUUUCAAAUUAUUAGCCAAAUAAAUGCCAGGUAGACUAAGUGUAAUUUGAAUUGACUGAAGCUCACGGCAAAAUGUAUAAUAUUUAAAUU